CCUGACUUUAUUUCAAUUCUCCAGCUGGCCUUUCCCGGGUUAUUUGAUUUGUUCUCCUGAUAAGUAUUCUCAAUCUCCCUAAAAGAUGCCAAGGUGACACAACCAGUGAUGUAGGGAAGCUUUUUGUAUUUAUUUUUCUUGAAGCUUUGUAUCAUUCAGAUUAUGGAUGUUGUACAUAAUAAUAAGUGGUGGGUUAUGUUUUUAGAGGAACUGGUUGCUGGAAAUUUCCUGGCAGCAACAGAUUGGGGGUUUUAAGGUUGGUUUGGAAGAGUUAGUUGCUGUCAAAAGAUUGAGAAAAUCUUUUGAAUAGUUUUAAAAUGUAUGAGAGAAGGGUUGUGGUUUGGGGUUGAAAAGGAAGGAACUGCUAGCAUUUUGAGUCUUAAUUUUUACUUAUAUCAACAUGGAAGAGCAAAUGUUGCACUUGACAAUUUAUAUUUGUCACCUUGAACAUAAUCUAAACAAAUAUGAGAAGAGAAAUCCUGGCUCAUAAUAACUAGCCAAUUAAGGCAUCAAGGCCCUCUGGUCUCAAAGGAAGAGUUGGUUGGAACUAUCCUUAAUGAGGUUAGUUGGAGAACUGGUGCUUUCAUUCCUGAGAAAUGUUCUGCUAGAGUUAAGAAGCUUUGUACUGACUUGAAAAUUAACUUGAAGUUCUGGUUGAUUUGGGCUGGUUUGUUCUGUGUGUUGACUGUAGGUAUAUUUUUGUAGUUGGGUUGGGUAGUUUCUGGUCUGGUAGUAUGCUGUCUUGACCAGUGUUGAUUUUUUCAUUUCCUUGUUAGCAGCUUAGCUGCUUGUUCUGGGUUUUGUGCUGUAUUGUAUAUCUUUGGUAAUGAAAUCAUCUUAUUCUUGGAGUCGAUAUUCUUUCCAGGGCAUGCCUAGUUUUGUGCUAGCUAAGAAGUUGAAAGCUUUGAAGGAAGACAUUCGUUGGUGGAAUAUAAGAGAAAUUGGAACUGUAGGGGUGAAUAAGAAGUGGUUGUUGGAGGAGUUGGUGAGGCUAUAUGAGAAGGAUGGGGUUAAUGGGCUCACACUAGCAGAGAAGAUGGAAAGGGAUGGAGUGACAUCAGAAGUGAAGCAGUUGGCUUCAUUGGAGGAAAUAUCGUUGAGGCAGAAAUCUAGAGUUUUGUGGCUUAAGGAGGGAGAUAACAAGAAGUUUUUCCAUUGGAUGGAAAAUUCUCAUAGAAGGAAUAACCAUUUGGGUAAUUUAGAGGCGGAUGGUGUGGUAUAUGAAGAGGAGUCAGAGGUAAUUGACCAGGUGGUGGGAUUUUAUCAAAAGUUGUAUAUGGAGACAGAGACAUGGAGACUAGUGGUGGAUGACUUGAAUUUUGAUAAUAUUGGGGUAGUGGAGAAUGGGUUGCUUGAAUAGAGAUUUGAGGAGGAAAUUCUACAAGUUAUGCAUGAUAUGGAGGGGGAUAAAGCUUCGAGACUAGAUGGGUUCACGAUGGCAUUUUUUCAUCAUUGCUGGAGGGUCGUGGAGAGUGAUAUUUUAGCUCUCUUUGAGGAGUUUUACGAAUAUGGUAAUUUGAGAAGUCCUUGAAUGCUUCAUUUAUUUCUCUUAUUCCGAAGAAACAUAAAGCCUAUAAUAUAAUUGAUUUUAGAUCAAUAAGUUUGGUGGGUAGUGUCUAUAAGAUCUUGG